CAUACAGCGAUCUCCUCUCAUCCUGAUCUGCUCUCCCUUGGGUCAACCCCUUCCUCAAUCUCCCAAAGUUUGAGGAGAAAGAUCAUCAUGCCGGCAGAGCAGCUCAACGUGUUGGCCAGGCUCGAUCAGGCUAAGACGCAAUGGUACCAUUUCAUGGCGAUCGUGAUCGCCGGGAUGGGUUUCUUCACGGACGCCUACGACCUGUUCUGCAUCGCGCUCGUCACCAAGCUCCUCGGGCGCCUCUACUACACCGACCUCACCAAGCCCAACCCCGGCACGCUCCCGCCUAACGUGUCGGCCGCCGUGACCGGCGUGGCGCUCUGCGGCACGCUCGCCGGCCAGCUCUUCUUCGGGUGGCUCGGCGACAAGAUCGGACGCAAGAGCGUCUACGGCUUCACGCUCAUCCUCAUGGUCGUCUGCUCCAUCGCGUCGGGUCUCUCGUUCAGCCACACGCCCAAGGGCGUGAUAGCGACGCUCUGCUUCUUCCGCUUCUGGCUCGGCUUCGGCAUCGGCGGCGACUACCCGCUGAGCGCCACCAUCAUGUCGGAGUACGCGAGCAAGAAGACCCGCGGCGCCUUCAUCGCCGCGGUGUUCGCCAUGCAGGGGUUCGGCAUCCUCUUCGGCGCCAUCGUCGCGCUCGUCGUCUCGGCCGGCUUCCGUAACGCGUACCCCUCGCCGUCGUACGCUCAGAACCCCGCUGCGUCGCUGGUUCCGCAGUCCGACUACGCGUGGCGGAUCAUCCUCAUGUUCGGCACCAUCCCGGCGGCGCUCACCUACUACUGGCGGAUGAAGAUGCCCGAGACGGCGCGGUACACGGCGCUCGUCAUCCGCAACGCGAAGCAGGCGGCGGCCGACAUGUCCAAGGUGCUCAAAACCGAGAUCGAGGAGCGGCCGGAGGUGAUCGAGAGCCAGGUGGUCGCCGCCGACACAUGGGGCCUCUUCUCGCGGCAGUUCCUGCGGCGCCACGGGAUGCACCUCCUGGCGACCACCAGCACGUGGUUCCUGCUAGACAUCGCCUUCUACAGCCAGAACCUGUUCCAGAAGGACAUCUUCAGCAAGGUCGGGUGGAUCCCGCCGGCGAAGACCAUGAACGCGCUCGAGGAGCUCUACCGCAUCUCCCGCGCGCAGGCGCUCAUCGCGCUCUGCGGGACCAUCCCGGGGUACUGGUUCACCGUCGCCUUCAUCGACAUCGUCGGAAGGUUCUGGAUCCAGAUCAUGGGCUUCGCCAUGAUGACCGUGUUCAUGCUCGCGCUCGCCUUCCCGUACCACCACUGGACGACGGCCGGCCACCACACCGGCUUCGUCGUGCUCUACGGCUUCACCUUCUUCUUCGCCAACUUCGGGCCCAACAGCACCACCUUCAUCGUCCCGGCGGAGAUCUUCCCGGCCAGGCUACGGUCGACGUGCCACGGCAUCUCCGCCGCGGCAGGCAAGGCCGGCGCGAUCAUCGGCGCGUUCGGGUUCCUGUACGCGUCGCAGGACCAGCACAAGCCCGACGCCGGCUACUCCCGGGGCAUCGGCAUCCGCAACUCGCUCUUCGUGCUCGCCGUCACCAACUUCCUCGGCAUGCUCAUGACCCUGUUCGUGCCGGAAUCCAAGGGCAUGUCGCUGGAGGAGAUUUCCAAGGAUAACACCGGUGAGGAAGCCUGAUGCUGUUCAUGUGUAGAGAUCCAUACACAUGAAUAUGCCGUUUCGACGUGAAGAAAUGUGUGCUUUUUUUAAAAAAAUUAAUACAUUGUUGGUGUGAUUAUUACUUUGUUUAGAUUUGCACUUUUGUAGUGUUGCUCCUUUUACAGUUGUGAUUACUUGUGAAAUAUUUCUCCCCUUCUUUCUGAAACAAAACUUGUGAGAUUUUGUGAACUUUCCUUGCAACAAAUAUAAAUGGCACCUAUUCAUUUCAAAAUAUUUUGUAAAUGGCAUGAGCGGCUGGGCCGACUGCUAAUAAUAUGUUGACUACAUGACUUUGUUCACUUUAUGUUGAUGAUUUGAUUGUGCAAACAAGUAAAAACA